AUGAUCAUCAACAGCAUCCUGGGGGCUCUCGUGGAAGAGACAACGGUAAAGCCCGCUCCUGGAUCAUCGACGACCAGCCAACCACAAUACAAAUACGUGGUGAACAGCACAAUCAUCCAGCACGCGGCCCCCUCUCCGGCCUCGACCGGCGACGACACAAAGAAAACGAGUGGUCGUCGAGGCAUGCACGCGGCAAGUGGAGCCUACUGGAACAACGAAAAGGAUGGUAUGUGGAGCUUCAAGUACCCUGGUGCCGAUAGCAAGGGCUUGGAUGUGGUCGUCGGCAUUAUCUGGGUCUGGGUCGGGUGA